GGCCCCUACCUGAUCCUCGACCUCCUGGCCUUGAUCCUCCCGAACCUGCUCGACCAGCUGUUCCAGAAGUACCUCCUGGUGACCUUGAAGGAGCCGAUCAUGGACUACCUGAAGAAGCGGAGCACGGGCUCGACAACUCCUUCAUGGAACAGCCGGAUGGGGCCAGAACGUGGUGUCAAGUGGCGUGGUGGAGCGCCGCCUGCACCACCAAAAUGGUCCUAUGAGAAGGAGGAUCUGCGUGCUUUUGCGAAGUACGAGCGGAAGGUCAGGUUGUGGGAAAUCCAGGUGGAGCCGUAUAUGAGUAAGAGGGAGGCAAGCUUGCAGUUGUACAACGCACUCAGCGGUGAACCAGAGCAGGAGUUGGAACACGCACCUCUUGAGAGAAUAAAUAGCUCCCAAGGAAUCAACUAUAUCCUUGAGCAGUUGCGUGGCCCCAUGUCCCAGCGCCUCGUUUAUCAGAAGCGCAGAUUCUUAUCGGACUUCGAGAACAUCAAUAGGUUUCCGGGUGAGCACCUGCGCGCCUAUGUCAACAGAUAUCGGAGGACCGAACGCAAUUUGCAGGCCGUGGACAUCAAUGUGACUGCCAUGUAUGAUGGCGACGCCAGAGGGAGCAGACUCCUGGAUAGAGCUCGGCUGAGUCCUCAGGAUCAAAGACUUGUCUUAGUGGGUGCUCGAUACUCCUUGGUUUUCGAAGACAUCUCCGAGUCCUUGGUCAUGCAGUUCCCCGACUUCAAGCCAGCACCGCCAGUGAUGAGCAAGGAUGGCCAGUUGAUCACCAGGCCAAAGGGAGCCGGCAAGUCCAAUGACCGUGCUUCACCACGGCAGGGAGCCUCCGGACAUCAGGGCGGCAAGGGCGGCGGCAAGUUCGGACCUCGGAAGGUUUUCGUUGCAGAGGCCGCCGAGCACGCGGAGAACACCAUCCAGGAUGAUGAGGCCACUUCUGUCGAGCAGGCCGAGGAGCAGCCCGACCAAGACGAGCAGAACCAUGACGAGCAAGACGACUUGAUCCAGGUCUUGACUGUCACUGCCCGACGCCUUGCCUCUGUCAAGUUGGGACGCAAGUACUCAGGGAACAAGACUUCACCUGCUGAGCUUAAAAAGACCACUACAUGUGCUGCUUGCGGGGAAGUUGGGCACUGGCGGGGCGAUGAUGUUUGUAAAGUUUCUGGGAAAGGUGCUUCUUCGGCGACUUCAUCAUCACAGCCCUCAGCUUCUGCACGCAAGACCCACUUCAAGGAGAUGCCUGCGCCCAAGAGCAAGCCCCAUCAGACUUUCACCGUUAUGCAUAGCGACCUGGGCAGCUAUGAGCUUCACUCAGGCUAUGGCACCGCCUUCGAGGACCCCGAUGCCUACCAGAUCAACGUGGUGUUCAAUACCCAGGAGGUCCCCUUCAGUCAGAGUUUUGUUGGGUAUAUGGUUUUGGACACGGCGUGUCAACGAACCUGUUGCGGAAGGACCUGGGCCUACAACCACGGCAAGCUCAUCGCGGAGUCCGGCCUUCAGCCCAUCAAGGCAGAGCGUAGGGACACUUUUCAGUUUGGCAAGGGUGACCCGAUUGUGGCCGAUUGUCGCAUGUACAUGCCCGCUGCACUUGAGAAUGGCAAUGUCUUCUACGUGGGUGCAGGCGUUCUCGAUGCCGAAGUGCCACUGCUGGCCAGCAAUCCAUUCCUCAAGGCGCUUGGCGUGGUACUAGAUCUGAACCGCAUGGUUGUGCACUUUGAACGGUUGUCGGCACAUGUUCCUGUUCUUAAUCUAGGAGGUCACCUUGCAGUCAACAUUGCUUGCUUGGAUUCCCAGACGGCAGCACGCCUCAGCGAGCUUGAGCAUGUUGUUGAUUGGCAGCGACCGGCUCCCGAGCUUCUGAUUGAGCAGCUUGAUUCCCUGCCUGAAGGAGAUGCAUGCCACACCCCCGCAAUGGCUGCAACGGUGGAGGUUCAUCAUGAUAUCGCUGAUCCGCUUCAAGCAGGGCCUCUACCGCACGAUGUGCCGAGCAGUUCGUCUCCGCGUGUGGGACUGGGAAUGGAUGAUCAUCGCAACUCCUCCUCAGCUGGACCUGGCCUUCGAGACCAACCCGGACCACUGCGACCACAACGACAUCUACCGCUACGGCAACGCCACAGGCAGGUUCGCAAGGUGCCGCAAGUGCCAGACAAGAUGGAAGUGGAGGGCAGACGAUCAAAAAUGGGUGCUUCACCCUUGCAACGCAUCUUCGCGCUCAUCGGCACUGCCGUUGCCCUCCUCGGACAAUACGGCGCCAGCGGCGCCACCAACUUCGAAGAGUUCGCUGCGGGCGGCCACUCCCAAGACGAGACCCUCUUCGGCGGCGCGACCUUCCCGGAGUACCGCCUCGACGACUACGACGACGGCACCAUCGGGACGCAGAUCGAGAGUGAGAGCCACGCAGGAGGACGACAUCCAGGCGUGGGACCUGCUAGACUGGGGAAGUUGAAGGGUGCCAGGCGGCUGCUUGGCAACAUCGGGCAGUCUGCCCGAAUCCUGGAGAAGGAGGUCGAUGUCUACCAUGCACUGCCCACAGCCUUGUCUUGCUUGAGCUGUUCGCAGGUGAAGCCAGACCUUCGUCAGCGGCACACCGCCACGGGCUCCACGCAUGCCAACCCAUUGACCUUGCCUACGGCUGGGCGGGCCCGACCUUGGUUGAUUUUGAUCGGCUACCCCUGCACUCACUACUGCCUCUUCAACGAGAACCUCAACUACUCUCAUCGACUACCCGAGCUUGAGCGCAUCCGUGACUUGGAUCAACCGCGCCGCAAGUUCGUCGCUGAGCUUUGUCAGGACCAGGCCGAUGCUGGCAGGUGUUUCCUCAUUGAGAAUCCCCAAAGGUCACGGCUGUGGUCUCAGACCGAGUUCGUUGGAGUUGCUGAGUUGUCCGGUACCAGCAUGGCAAGUGCACACCUUGGAGCAUAUGGCGCAGAGACCGUGGAAGGGGAGCCCGUGGUCAAGUCCAUUAAUCUCCUUUCAAAUCUUCCUGGACUAUGCCAUCGGCUCUCUCGCAAGCUCUCGGCUCCCGACCUUCAGUACUGCACGCCCAUCCAAGGUUCCGAGACCAAGCGCUCACAGGUCUACCCGCGCGCGUUCGUCUACGAGAUCCUUCGCCACCUGCACGACUUUGUUGCUGAGAAGGAGCCCCUCAGGUUUGGCAACUUCCAAGUGUAUGCCCUUGCAACCCCCAUCGCGGAUGUCAAGGCCUGGGACGGCGUCUUCGAGCAGCUCAACCGAGACUUCUCGUCAGGUACCAAGCGCGCCUACGACGUGGACAUCAACGGCUCGCUUGGCAAGGAAAUCCAGGACCUCUUCAGGAUGCGGGCAGUCAAAAUCCAGGCAGCGCCAACACCGAUUCAGCGUCGGUUCUUGAUGGACCAACCGCACAGUGCACGAGGCGUGGCCCUGGAGUACAUAGACGGCAAGCGCACCAUAGAGGUGGAGCAGCUGGAGGAGGUCAGGCAGCCCAAGCGGCGCUUCGAGCAGGCGGUCAAGUACGCUGUGUUCAUCUAUGGCGACUCCUUAGAUGCACCUUCUCAUCCACGCGGCGGAGACGCUGAUGAUCCUUCUGUGCCGGUCUCGGGACUCCCAACCGACAUCAGCUUUCCCAACCUUGGUGCUCAGGUGCCUCCCGAGAUCAGGAGGAACUAUGUCGGCUUCUUCUACAUCGUGGAGUUCCCAACUCUUCAGUUCUCGAAUGCGUCAGGCACCAUCUCAACGACGGCGUCACAAUUCAAUGAGCUCAUUCAGGGUGACUUCUUCUACGUGAGGUUGUGCGCCGGCGACGCGGUUCAGGUUCUCGGACUGGCGGACACCGCGACGGGCUUCCACCAGGCCGCGAUUCUCAGGACGAAAGGCGCCAAGCAAACCUACGACCUCCUUGAGCGUGUCUGGCUCAGACCUUACGCACUUCCAACGAGGUUGCUACUCGAUCCGGACCCCUUGUUCCAGGGCGAGUUCGACGACCGCCUUGCCACCGUGAACGUGCACGUGGACUACUGUCCGGCUGAGGCUCACUGGUCCAUUGGCAUGGUGGAUGCGAUCUUUGAGGACCCUAUCGUUGAGGCCGGUGAGUUACCUGUCGAAGGCAUCACGACCAUCGAAGCCGAGGAGUUCGCGCCUCUCCAACCCUUGCAAGUUCUACCCGAACCUCAAGCACAACCACCCGUGGACUUUGACGAGGAGACUCCAGCACCUACAGGUCAGGCAUCCGUGACGGCUGCCGCUCUAACCCCUGAAGUUCUAGCCGAACCUCAAGUACAACCACCUGGAUCUUCUGCAGUUUCAGUACGUAGCCCAACUGAGGAGGUACCCAGCUCGGAGGUGGCUUCGCAACCUUCUUUGAGUACAGCUCCUCCGUUGGCACCACCUGAACCACUACCUCAGCUUCCAGCCAAGCGACCUUUCGACUCGCUGACUACGUUCCUUUACGACGACGGUGACCUGGUACGUGUGACACCUGGCGACGACUACCGCACGGGAGUCUACGGGCCCAAGUGCGAGACCUUCUACCAGGCUUACCUCGCCAGUGACUACCGCAAGGACGACGUCCCUUUGAGCAAGCCACCUGGCGAGUCUGACACCAGUGACACAGAUCACGAGAGGCCCUCACCAGCUACGGCGACUGGGCCCCGACAGCUCUCCAGAAAAGAACUCAAACAACUUGAUCGCGAGGUGCCUUGGACUCAAAUCCUUCGUGGACCUGAUGUUCCGGCCUACCUCCGAGCGAUCGACAAGGAAGCCAAUUCUUGGCUUGACUGGAAAUCUGUCGAACCCUUGUCCCAUGAAGAGGCCAAGCAAGUCUUGAAUGACAAGAUCUUGACCAAGCGCAUACUGCGCACGAGAGCCUGCUAUAGAGACAAGGCUCGUGGACAAGGAGAAGUUCGUGCCAAGUGUCGGAUAGUCUGCCUCGGACACCGUGAUCCUGACUUGUUCUCCCUCAACCGUCAAGCACCAACGCCCAAUAGGGUUUCCGAGCACAUCAUCUACUACAUGAUCGUUGCUGGUGCCAACGCGGAGAUCGAAGACAGUGGGCUCACUAGGCAGACUUGGUCCGGCGACGCCAGCACGGCGUUCCUACAGGGCAAGCAUCAAGGGCGAACGCUUCCCUUGUUCCUUCGCCCACCUUCAGAUGGCUUGAUCAAUCAGACACCACAUUGGAAGGCUCCACUCUACCGCGUCUGCUCCAAUAUCUAUGGACUAGCUGACGCUCCACGAGUUUGGGCGCUUGAAGUCAUAUCUCGUCUUCGUCAACUUGACUACGUUCAGCACAGCUUCGACAAGAUGAUUUUCAUCAAGCGUUCCUCCAGUGGCAAGGUCAUCAGCAUUAUCCUAGUCUACGUGGACGACUUCCUUGGAACGUUCCGUUCGGACUACAGCUUCCAAGAGGUCAAGGCGGCUUUUGAGUGGGGAAGCUUCGAGUUCCUCGAGGUCAACAAGCCUGUUACCUUCAAGGGGAAAGAGCUGCUUCUGCUUCCCAAACCUGGCCAGCCGAACCGCUUCCAACUCAAGAUUACGCAAAAGGCCUUCUUGAGUGGCUUGGAGGCAGGCAAGCUGAAGCGCGGCGUGGAGCUGCAGGACAAGCUCGACGGCCAACAUAAGGAGGAGUUCCGCUCAGUGGCGGGCUGCUUACAGUGGCUCUGUGGCCAGACAAGACCUGAGCUCUCCCCCUACGUCUCCCUGAGCAACCGUGGUGGCGAGACAACCUUCGGUGACCUGAAGAACCUCUACACAGCCCUCGAGUACGCCAAAGAGACUUCAGACUGCGGGCUUCUUCUACCUGACGUGCCCCUUUCUUCGGCAACUACCUUUCUGUCGUUUGCCGAUGCAAGCUGGGCCAACGCCCCAAAGCUUCGCUCACAGUUUGGAGUGCUGAUCUUCGCUACAACCCCUCAGGUUUCUCAAGUCCCUUGCAUGGGACUACUCCUGGACUGGAAGUCGGGGAAGUCACAGAGGGUGGCGAGAAGCACACUCGCCGCAGAGGCGAUGGCAGCUGACGAGGCGGUCGACCGGACUUACUACCUCAACCUGUUCCUUUCGGAGGUUCUCACGGGCAAGCCGGCCCACCGCACCGAGCCGCUCUUCCAGCACCUUCACGCCACCGAUGCGAAGUCCCUGUACGACGUCCUCAUCUCUGAGAACCCUAACCUUGCUGACAAGC